GGGGGUGAGUGCACCUCAUGUAUAUCGUGGCUUUAUCGUUGUCUAAGUUUAGAUUCUGGCUCCAAAGACCGCUUCUCAAGUAACGAGUCCAGGCUCUCCAGCACACCCACUUCUAGAACACAGACGGAACCAUAAGACUGGGUAAAGCCCAAACGGAUGUAGGAGCCACCAAGGCAAGAAGGCACAGGAGACAGCUAAUUCUUCUGCCAUUGGCAUACCAUGUGAAGGAGAUCCAGGGUGAUAAAGAAAGAACUACAACCCCCCACACCCCCACCCCGGAAAAGAAGUGAAGCAUUCAGUGUGACAGCAGCUCCCGUUGCCCCCUGCGUGCGUGCUUAUUCCUCUAUUACUCUGUUAGCUGUAAUGGGAACAUGGCAGAGGAGGGAGAAGAGUCUUCUGGCUGUCCCACAGCCCCCCAACAACAGUCUCCACAUUUUCUUCAAGACGUCAUAUUCCACGGCAAGUUUGAACUACUGAAGACCCUGACCCCGGAGGAGAACACGCAGUGUCACUACGGCCUCUACUUCCAGGACGGCCAGCGGCGCGUGGACUACGUCCUCACCUACCACGUGAAGCGGCCCGGGGCCGCCCGCCACGCCCGCACCACCUCGCGCCUCCUCACCGACAACCCCCUGGCCCGCAGCCUGCGGCGAGGGACCCUGAUCGGGGGCCGCCCCGGGGGGCAGGACAAGAGGCCCAGGGCCAGCCGCCAGGCAGAGAGGGCCGGGUUCCCCUCUCCUCCUCCCCCUCCUCCUCCUCCUCCCCCUCCUCCUCCUCCCCCCGCUCCUUGCCCCGACGCCACGGAUGCGGAGAAGGGCCUCGCCGGGACGCCGAGCUGGGACGAGCAGGAGGACGAUAAGCGACGACGGCGGGAGGAGUUUGAGAAGAACCUUCUAGACAUGGGCCUGGAGCUGGAGAGGGACGAGGAUGGUAAGACUCCGGGGGUGGGCUUUCUAAAGAUCCACGCUCCCUGGAACGUUCUCUGUCGGGAGGCGGAGUUCAUGAAGCUAAAGAUGCCGACCAAGAAAAUGUACGCUAUGAAGCAGUCCAGUAGUGUGGUGGAGAAGAUCAACUCUCUGAUCAGUAAGGUGUUAGAGCCACUCCGUCCAAGUGUGGAGGAACACAAAACCAAGAACAUCAAGCACCUUUCCUACACAUUCUCCCGUGAGAAACAGCAUCUUUUCAACCUGUCAGACAAAGACUCAUUCUUUGACAGUAGAACGAGAAGUUCAAUAGUCUUCGAGGUGUUGAAACGAACCAGAUGCACAAAGGCCAAGUACAGCAUGGGACUAACCAGUCUGCUCUGCAGUGGGGUCUACACCGCCGCAUUCCCCCUCCACGAUGGAGAUGUCAGUGGAGAACAUGCAGAGCCCAACGAUAGGAAGCUCUUGUAUGAGGAGUGGGCAAGCUACAGUGUCUUCUACAAAUACCAACCCAUUGGUCUCGUACGAAAAUACUUUGGUGAGAAGAUCGGUCUGUAUUUUGCGUGGCUAGGUCUGUACACGCAGAUGCUUAUCCCGGCUUCCGUGGUGGGAGUCAUUGUCUUCCUGUACGGAUGUGCUACCGUGGACGACAAUAUACCAAGCAUGGAGAUCUGCUACCCCAAGGAAAACAUCACCAUGUGUCCUUUAUGUGACAAAGCCUGCAGCUACUGGAAGCUGAGCACAGCUUGUGCGACGGCCAGAGCAAGCUAUCUGUUUGACAACCCGGCCACGGUCUUCUUCUCCAUCUUCAUGGCCCUUUGGGCUGCCAUGUUUAUGGAGCACUGGAAGAGGAGACAGAUGAGGUUGAAUUACGAGUGGGACCUGACUGGCUUUGAGGAGGAAGAGGAAGACCUUAAGGACCACCCGAGGGCAGAGUAUGAACUACGGGUCAUGCAGAAGUCCCAGAAGAAAGAGAAAGGAUCACUGAAAAAGGCCGAGGAAGAGAAGCUGACAUGUCGAGACCGGCUGCCCGCCUACAUGACCAACCUGGUGAUGAUGCUUCUAAUGAUUGGCGUGACGUUCGCCAUAGUCUUUGGCGUGAUCCUCUACCGUAUCUCCACCAAGGCAGCUCUGCACAUGAGCUCCAACCCCAUCACACGCAGUCACGUCCGCCUGACCGUCAAGACCACCGCCGCCAUCCUCAACCUGGUGGUCAUCCUCAUCCUGGACGAGGUGUACGGGGCCGUAGCACGCUGGCUCACCGUGUUGGAGGUUCCAAAGACAGACAAGAGUUUUGAGCAGCGUCUUAUCUUCAAAACGUUUAUCCUGAAGUUCGUCAAUGCAUUCACUCCAAUCAUCUACAUUGCUUUCUUCAGGGGAAGGCUAGUUGGCAGACCGGGUAGCUACUUGUAUGUGUUUGAGUCAUACAGAAUGGAAGAGUGCGCCCAUGGGGGCUGCCUGAUGGAGCUGUGUAUCCAGCUUAGCAUCACCAUGCUGGGGAAACAACUGAUACAGAACAAUCUGUUUGAGAUCGGAGUACCGAAGAUAAAGAAGCUGAUACGCUACAUUCGAUCAAAGCGUCAGGCCUUCCAGGAAGAGGAAAGGCAGAAGAGGUUGCAACGAUACGAGAUAGACCACUUCCUGGAACCAUUCGCUGGCCUAACACCUGAGUAUAUGGAAAUGAUCAUACAGUUUGGUUUCGUGACGUUGUUUGUGGCGUCGUUUCCUCUCGCUCCGCUCUUCGCUCUGCUCAACAAUAUUAUUGAGAUCCGUCUUGAUGCCAAGAAGUUUGUGGGUGAGCUCCAGCGGCCAGUGGCAGCCAGAGCCAAAGACAUUGGUAUAUGGUACAACUUACUUACAGGAGUAGCAAAGGUUGCUGUCAUCAUAAAUGCCUUUGUCAUUUCCUUUACGUCGGACUUCAUCCCCCGGCUGGUUUACCAGUACACCUACAGUAACAACGGCUCCAUGUUUGGCUUUGUGAACCACAGCCUGUCCUAUUUUAACGUCAGCCACUUCCAGGACGGCAAGGAGCCCAUGGACCCUCUGCAUUUGGGUUAUGCGGUUGAGAUUUGCAGGUACAAGGACUACAGGGAACCACCAUGGUCCACCUCUCCUUAUGAGAUCUCCAAGGAGUUCUGGGCUGUCCUGGCUGCAAGACUGGCUUUUGUUAUCGUCUUUCAGAACGUGGUGAUGCUGAUGAGUGACGUGGUGGACUGGCUGAUUCCAGACAUCCCCAAGGACAUCAGCAUGCAGAUCCACAAGGAGAAGAUCCUGAUGGUGGAGCUGUUCAUGAGGGAGGAGCACGGGAAGAUGCAGCGGAUGGGGAGCACGGCGUCCACGGGGGCCAAGCAGAAGGGCAGCAGCAACAGUUACCCCCCCGUCCCAGUGGCGCGGCAGCGCAGCAUGCCCCCGGCCCACUGCUACAAGCCCAAUAACGUCUGACGUGCGGGGGAGAGAAACACACUGGCCUCACGCAGAGCGUCGACAAUGUGAGGCUACAUCACAGGAUCUAUGACGUAUUCCUAGUCCACAACAUUCCAACAUGGAUAGGGGAACUUCUUUAAGUGGUUGUUAACUAUCAACACAUUUCAAAGAAGUUUCCACCGAUAGCUAGACAAAAGUAAGGGAUUUGUUUCAGAACACUAUUUAUCGACACUAUAAACCUUUACAUUUAGCGUUCUCUCCCAUCGCACUGCUUCUUAAUAAUGGCUAGGGUAGUUAGUUUGCUACCUCAUCUUAGGUCACAGCUGUAAUCCUGGUUAGACUAUUCCACUAUGCAGUUUUCCAAAGAUGAUAUUUUCAUAGGUUUCUUUAAAAAAAAAUGGAACUUGGUAUUCAGCCAUGUAUGUUAUGUAAGGCAUAUAUAAGCACACACAACUAUUUAAAGUGAAUACAGGUCUUGAAAGAGCAAGGUCCAGCCUCAUGCUCAAAGAAGGAGCCCACCACCUUUCAGCUGGGAGACUUCCUACACUAUCCUGCGGCUACCCCCACCUGUAUUCAUUCAUUUUCAUAUAAUAUGUUAAGUUGGUAUCCACUCUGUAUUUAUUUGUACACAUCAGUAUUCGUUGUAUUUUUUAUAGAUUCAACCAAUACUUUAUUUUAACAGUUUCUAGAUUAAAACUAGUUCUGCUUGCAAGUCACAUAUUUAUUUGAAAGUGGAAAACGAUUAUGCAGAAUAUAAAGCUCCAAACAAAUGCAUCCAGUUUGAAUAGAGAAAUCAUGGUCAUUUGGCGCGUUUGCUUUUUUUUUUUCUGAACUAGUUACUGUUGUGAUGGCCUUCAAGUAAAUGGUGUACACUUUUGCCCAAAAAAGUAAUCACAUUGAAUAAUAAAACGAUAUGCUUUAAUGUUUAAAACAACUGUCAAACACCGUCUAAACAUACUGCUAAGCAAAGUAAUGUUCCUUGGCUCAAUUCUUUGUCUUUUUCUGUAAAAUGAGUUUGUGCCAUGGAAAACUAAACAAAUAAAUGUCACACACUAUUGUGAUCUCAAAUUCACUACCGGUAUAUACUAUUUAUAGUGCACUUUCAAUUUGCCUCAAAUACUUGGUUGCAUUGGAAAUCUAGAAGUUCUUCUUUUAACAGAGAACAAAACCCCACCCCCAUAGUAGAUUGUUUUACAUCAGAGUACUCCCUCUCUAGGUGAACACGUGCUAGUGCAUGUCUCACCACCCAUUGGCUAUGGUUAACCGGCAAUCACCAUGGAUACCCUGCUUGUUAAGGAUUGAUGCGAAUAUCCUCAAUCUAAAUCUUGCGUUUGAAGAAACACACUGAUGUUAUUUUUUAAUAAGUCAGCAAGUUAGGUUAUUUUUCGGAGUUGAGUUACCUUUUUGUACAACACACUGUAGCAUUACAUUAUCUGGCAGUACUUUUUUUCCUGCAUCAUACAUCCUUCAAACGCCAGUAGCAAAAUUAUGAUGGUCUCUUACUUGUAUUUUUAAAAGUUGUAUUUUUAUCAUUUGUUUCCCAAUCAAAUGGAAGAUAAAACACAACGAAUACCCCCAAUAAUACCACUGUGGGGUCAACUAACACUUACUUUUAAAGUACUUGUGGAUUGAUGUGGAAUAAACUAAUUCGAUCCUU